UAUAUUCUUCAGACAGGUCGCCGCACACCAGAGGAUGUGGACAUUGGAAUGAUUUGGGGGACAGGAUUUCCGCCAUUUCGGGGCGGCCUCCUGCAAUACGCAGACCACCGAGGCUUGUCGGUGAUUGUGGACCGGCUCCGUCAGCUGCAGGAUGUAUUGAGGGACGAUCGGUUUGCGCCUUGUCCUCUCCUCGAAUCCAUGGGGAAGAACGACAAGCGAUUUUUCCCCAAUAGGCCAUUUGUGCCGUACAAAGAGCGUAGCGGGAUUCCCGCAGUGAAAUUUUCGUAG